AUGACAACGCAAAACGCGACGACGCUUCGCACACCGCAGGUUCAGCGGCGCUCGAUAGUGUCACAGGCGGCUUCUGACGCAACCACGGCAACGCCAGACAAAGCUAUCGCUAGGGCUCCUCCCGGUGUCCUCCGUCACACCGUCUCCGUGUUUGUCGGCGACGAGAGCGGCAUGAUCAACCGCAUCGCGGGCGUGUUCGCGCGGCGCGGCUUCAACAUCGAAUCGCUCGCCGUCGGGCUGAACAAGAACAAGGCACUGUUCACCAUUGUCGUUUCCGGUUCGGAGCGCGUGCUGCAGCAGGUGAUGAAGCAGCUGUACAAGCUAAUCAACGUGCGCCAGGUGGACGAUCUGACGCACGAGAGCCGCGUGGAUCGCGAGCUGAUGCUCAUCAAGCUCGCCGUCACGCCGCAGCAGCGCUCCGAGGUGCUGGAGCUCGUGCAGAUCUUCCGCGCGCGCGUCGUCGACGUCGCCCCCAGCUCCAUUACCGUUGAGGUGACGGGAGACCCCGGCAAGAUAGCAGCUUUCCAGCGCGCCACCAGCAAGUUCCCUCUCAAGCAGUUGGCGCGCACAGGCAAGAUUGCGCUUCGGAGGGAGAAGGACGAGCGGGUGUACCUGACGCCUCUGGGCGGCGAAGUGACGACGGACGUGGAGGACGACAUCGAGGCCGCCCGGCAGGCCGCUGCUCUGUCGCUGGCUGGGCGGCGAACUGUGGCGAAGCGGGGGAGCGCUGCUGCUGCCAAUGCCGACUCCGAUGGCGAUGUGUAUGCGACUCCCGCUGAUGGCGAUGCUGUGUGGUACCCGCCCGUGCUGUCGCCCACAUGGGGCAAUGAGAACCCGGAGUUCUUCGAUACCAUGGAGGGCGGCUUCCAGCCGCACACGCUCUCUCUCCUCGUCUCUGACACUCCCGGUGUGCUCAACCACAUCACGGGUGUCUUUGCUCGCCGCGGCUACAGCAUCCAGAGUCUGGCAGUGGGGCCAGCAGAGAAGCCAGGCGAGUCGCGGAUCACCAUGGUGGUGCCGGGCACAGAACAAUCCAUCGGCAAGCUGCUGCGGCAGAUCCUGAAGCUCAUUGAAGUCAUCAGCGUGGAGGAUCUGACGUACAUCCCCUACGUGCAGCGCGAGCUGAUGCUCAUCAAGGUGGCAGCGGGGAGAGGGGAGCCGCGUCGGGAGGUGAUGGACAUUGCUUCUGUGUUCCGGGCACGCGUGAUCGACAUCUCUCGGCGGACCAUGACCCUUGAGCUCACGGGCACGCUUAAGAAGAUGGCAGCGCUGCAGGGGCUUCUGGAAGACUACAGCAUCCUCGAGGUGGCUCGCACGGGGCGUGUGGCGUUGUCUCGAGACAGUGGAGUCAGCACGGAGUAUUUGGGACAGAUGGAGCCUCAGCACUCCAUUUUCUGA